AGUACUGACCAAAGGGCUGCAAAUUAGUUACGGCAUAUUAUUGAAAAAGAGAACAAGGCUGCAGGAGGAGCCGCACGAGGCAACUCGAUGUGCCAACCAACGCCGUUGUGGUCGCCGACUGCACAGCCACCACAGGCCACCGCUGGGUUGCCAGAAAAACUGAUCCAGUACUUGAGUUUAAAGCAAAUUAGAUUAAACCUUACGUCCAAUCUUUUUUUUGCUUUUGUCUCCUUUUUUUCGACAUAUGGAUCUGCACGGCAGCACCAAUUGGACGGCGACUGUUCUAGCACUGCUUGCGGACGACGACGGUACCCAACAACCUACUACUCUUGCCCCAAUCUGGUCAGUGUUGCUCCCGGCGGCUCUGCAAGUGAAGAUGACAGUGACGGCAACUCCUUCUACGCGUGGCUAUCGCCGGCGGAUGACUCCGCUGCUUACGGACUUUGGCCGCACUUCAAGAAGAUGAUGGCGCAGAUGGAGGAGCUCUGGAAUGCAGGGGAACCUCACUGGAUCAGAAGCUCUUCUUCGCUCUGCUGCGGGCCUGCAGUACUUCAGAUCUCCAGCGGCGGCGAGACCUCUGUAGCGGAGGCGGUGGCGGGACCUAGGCUGACUCUGAAUAGAACAAGAUUCCGGUGCCUUCCAAUUGGCAGUGUCAUGGAUAUGACAAGCCAAUUUAUACAAACACUAAAUAUCCAUUUCAUUUUGAUCCAUCCAAAGUUUCUAAUGAGAAUCCCAUUGGCUACUACAGGACUAUGUUCUUCCUUCCUAAAGAAUGGGAAGGAUAGCAGACUGCCAGCUGAAUUUGAGAUAACAGAUUUUUGUCAACCAUGUGGGUCUGAUAACUGCAAUUGUCUAGCUGUUGAAGUAAUGCGCUGGAGUGAUGGUACAUACAUACCUUAAAGAUCAACACCACUGGUGGCUUUCUGGCAUUCACCGCAAUGUUCUUCUUCUAGCAAAGCCAAAGAUAUUUAUUGCUGAUUAUUAUUUUAAAUCAAAUUUGGCUCGAGAUUUUUCUUAUGCAUAUACAGAGCUCUCCGGUAUUAUAUUGUACAACAAGAUGGGUACGGGAAAAGGAUCCAUCAAGAUUAGUACACUAUGAAGGUGGUGGGUCCAGGACGUCAUCCAUAGACAUUGUCUGCCCAAUGUAUGCUCGUGUCUCGAAUAUAGUUGAGAUAGCCAACGAUCGAACUGAGUACCGCCCAGUAAUACUAUGCGAAUAUUCACAUGCAAUGGGUAACAGCAAUAGGAAUCUCCAU